CCGGAUCAUAGAUUCCCCUCGUUCCAGACAUUGGAUACUAUUGUGUCCAAUCAAAACGCUCAAUUUCAUAUGAAGCUGAUUUUCAACCAAUCAAAAUUGUUUCACCGCAGGAUCGCCCCCAAGGAAAAGUGGCCAAACAAGACGAAGAUGACGUGCCACUCCAACUUUUCCGCCCGUCCGCCGAGCCAUGGUUCUGUUCGGCGAUUACAACGUGGACCUUGAGCCCGUGUACUGCAGCGACACGUCGGUGGUCGUCAAAGCCGUCGACCGCCUCCUGCCCAAACGCGUAUACGACAAAGGAGUUCGGCGGAAGAAGACAGGCAUGAAUGCCAAGGAAUUCUUCUCCGCCAUGGAGAUCCUGGUGCUGGCAAGUUCGGAGCUCCCGCCCUUCAUGCGCAACACAAAGGGACCGCAGCGACUCACGUGGGGCGAACAGUUCGACAUUCUCACAAAAGACUGUGACGCCAUCUCUUCCGAUGCCUUUACCAAGUACUGCGACGAGACCCUCGGUCCGCUCACUGUCGCGAUCAAGUUUAUGAGUGAACAGACCGCGCACGACAAGGAAGUUCGCUUGCGCCAGGUUGCCAACAUCUCCGUGCUGCCAAUGCUGCCCAGCGGCGUAUCGAGUAUUCGAACCGCAUCUGGAUCUUCUUCCUUCCUUCGCAACGACAAGACACCCAUCGACUUGGCGUUGUAUCCCUAUGCGAUCGUCAUGCCGUUCGCGCAAAUGACACUGGCAGAUCUCGUGUCGACCGAGACCAUGGCGGCAAAAGUGCGUUACCUCGGCGAGCUUGCCGAAGCACUCAGUGCAUUCCACAAGGAGCACAUGGUCCAUGGCGAUGUUACGUCGUUCGACGCGGUGUUUGUGCACGACAAGCUGUACGUGAUCGACGGCGACGCGUCGGCAGUCAUCGGCCGCGACCAUCUCGGCUUCAAGUUUUCGAGUGUCUUGCCACCAGAAAUGUUUUACGAGCUCAACCAGAAUGAGGCAGACGCGAUCAUGGCGUACUGGGACGACCGAGACGACGCCCAUCGAUCGCGCGUCGUGACGCGAACGGCAUCGGUCGCGGUGAAGGCGUGGUGUCCAACGAAAGGCACGAACGGGUUGCCGUAUUCGCCCGUGCGUGCAUCGCAGAAGGCAGACUCGUGGGCGUUUGGUUGUCUGAUGUUCAAAGUCCUCACGGACGAAGAUUUGGUGCCCGUGACAAUUCGCGGCACUGUCCACCCCGACCACGUCCAACGUGCAGCCUCUUGGACUGCCGACGCCAUCCGCGACCGUGUCUCGAAUCGCGUGCGUGAGCCCCACGCGGUCGCGUUGCUCGUCGGGCUGCUCGAUCCCGAUCCGGACUUUCGAUUUUCGCUGCAAAAGGUGGUCAAGGACCCCUUCUUCACGGGCGCCGUGUCGCCCACCGACUUGGAGCACCUGCUGCAACGCGCCCUGGACAAUUCGCAUGCGUUAAAGGAAAAGGCAGACGAAGUCUUGGAACAGGCGCGCCGGAACAAUCGCCAACUCCUGGCGACGAUUGCAGAGAUCGAAGCCGCCGUCGUCACGCUGAAGAACACAAUAUUUACAGCCGUCCUCGAAGCCAGUGACGUGCAAGUGCCGUCGUCUUACUUGGUCUUGCCUCAAAAGCUCCGCGUGACUGCCGACGACGUCGAAGCGGCCAGAACGACAACCGACAAUUUCCUGGCGUACUUGACGACCAUGGGCGGCGAAUUCUUGAGCGCGUUGAGCAGCACAUCGGCGACGGCCAAUGUGCUCAAGAAGAUGGCGGGGGGAAGACCCAUGUAUCUGUACCUUGUGGACGAAAUGACGGGCCUGCCCGUGCUGCCGGCCGACAACGACACGGUGUACCCCAUUGAGCUCGUGGCCGACUCGACGCAGUACAUCGAGUUCAUGACGACGUGCAUGCCUGCAAUUCAGAGCAGUUUUCAACUACUUCAGCAGGGGAACAACAUCGCACGGCUCCUGUCGUGGUUUGGUGUCCCCAGCAUCGACAAAGAUAUUGUCGACCUAACGCAAGACGUGAUCAAGAAGAUGACUUGCACGCCAGUGGUGUUUGCCGCGCAGCUAAACGCGCCACCCGGCAUGGAGACGGAGGAAGCAGUGAAAGCGGUGCGGGGCGCAGGUCUUCGCAUGCUGGAUGGAUUCCUCAAAGCCGAAGACCCGAACCAGUGGUUUUGUGGCCUCGCGCGCGGCUCCGACGACGCGACCGGACAAGCGGUUUGGACCACGAUGGCGCGCGUGAAUCAGCUCCAAAGCGGUAUGAGCUUUGCAGAAGUCCAGCGGAUGGCUCUUGCGGAGGAGGCUGCCAAGACCGCGGCGGAUCAAACUACGCUGGACCCGCGGAUCGUCCAAGCCGCAGUGACUCGACCUCUCCUAGAGACUACAGUCGUUGUUGCGCCAAGCUCGUCGCGUCGGGGCAAGAAGGAAGAAGACUGCGAUGCGUUCUUGGAACGGAUGGGGGGCGAUAUCCAAAAGUCGUGCGUCAGUUUGUGUUCGAUCAUGUAAAUUCGUUGUGUCCUGCUCGUGUUGUGGAGGAACUUCAAUCCAGUGGCAAGAUUACAUGGGCGGUGAUCGCGUCCGCCCUUGCCGUUGGUUCCACUCGCAGGCCACCCAAAAGCAGGCGCUUUCCUGUCGUGGAGGUGGGAAGAAUGCCCAUGUGCUUAAGCCAGUAGAGCCGACUGCAACUCAGCGAGAUCUUCGAACCAAGUUCGGUAAUCCCUCAUGCGACGGAGUUCCCCG